AAAACCCGCGGGAUAAUGGCUAUUUUCAUUAAAUAACUAUUUAUUUUGGAAAUUAAAACUCAUCUCCUUUUUCAAGUUUCAAAAUUUUUCUCGUUUCGAGUAAAAUUUCAUUUUCAAUCAACGACGCAGCGGAGAUGAAUCCUUCUCACGGUGCCGCCGACGGCAAGCAACGACCGGCGAUGUAUCCCGAAAUCGAUCAAUCUAUUCCAGAUAACCCCUUCGCUCAGACGAAUCCUUACGUCUCUUCCUCCCCCAAUCUCUACCCUCCCGUCGUCUCCUCGAGCCCUAACCACGGCGACUCAUCCAACAACCAGCCACCGUCUGCUCCGCCGCAGGCUGUGGAGGAGAUCCUCAUCCGAGUCCCCGGCGCCAUCCUCAACCUCAUCGACAAAUCCUACAGCGUGGAGCUCGCGUGCGGCGAUCUCACCAUCGUUCGAAUCGUCCAGGGAGAGAGCAUCGUCGCCGUUCUCGCCAACGUCGCUGACGAGAUCCAGUGGCCGUUGACGAAGCGCGAGGUUGCGACCAAGGUUGACGGAUCGCAUUACUUCUUCUCGAUCCACCCGCCGAAGGAAUCCGGAUCCGAUUCGGAUGACGAGAUCUUAAACUACGGGUUGACAAUUGCUUCGAAAGGGCAAGAGAACGUGUUACAUGGGCUUGAUCAGGUUCUUAGGGACUAUUGCUGUUUCGCGGAGCAGAGGAUGUCGGAGAAGGGAGAGGAGGUGCUUGGAAACUCAAUGGCUGCUGCGACUUCUCCCGAGGAGUUGAAGGGUGAGAGGAAGGACAUUGUGGAGGGUCAAUGCGCGGCGUAUUGGACCACGCUCGCGCCUAACAUUGAGGAUUACAGUAGCAAGACUGCUAAGAUGAUAGCUUCUGGGUCAGGCCAGCUGAUCAGAGGGAUACUUUGGUGUGGGGAUGUGACUGUGGAGAGGCUUAAGAGGGGAAACGAGGUUAUGAAGAAUAGGUUGAGUCGUGCUGAGAAGGAGAAAGAUGUUAGCCCUGAGACGUUGAGGAGAAUCAAGAGGGUUAAGAGAGUGACACAAAUGACGGAGAAAGUGGCGACUGGUGUUCUUUCUGGUGUUGUUAAAGUCUCUGGACUCAUCACUGGUUCGGUGGCAAACUCAAAAGCUGGAAAGAAGUUUUUUGGCCUCUUGCCUGGAGAGAUCAUUCUUGCAUCCCUCGAUGGGUUUAGCAAGAUAUGUGAUGCUGUUGAAGUGGCUGGAAAAAACGUCAUGUCGACUUCAUCAACCGUCACAACGGAACUCGUUGAUCACAAGUAUGGAACAAAAGCAGCCGAGGCUACUAACGAAGGGCUAGACGCAGCAGGACACGCUUUUGGAACGGCAUGGGUUGCUUUUAAGAUCCGAAAGGCACUUAACCCCAAAAGUGUCUUAAAGCCUUCAACAUUAGCCAAAUCUGCUGUCUCUGAUUUCAAGGCUAAGAAAGGCUCCAAGUAACAGCCUUCCCAGAAAGUAUGUCUAUGAAGUAUUCAUACUUUCAUUUAGUUUAUCUUUUUGGAAAAAUUGUAUGAUGAAUUAUAUUACCAAUGCAUUCUACAUUUUUCCUGUGUAUAUUGUGAUUCUAUGUAUAACUAUGUAUAAACAGUUUCUUCGUAUUUUUUCUUACUAUAUAUUAUGUUUAAUUCUAA